UAAAAAAGACACAAAAGUAGCGUCGGGAGCGCAGAACCUGGACGACAUGGAGUCUGAGAAGGUCGGGGAUGUUCAGAUCCUGAACCCGAAGAGUCUUUCUUCAUUAGAAGCCUGGGUCCAGAAGACAUCCAUAAAACUGGUCCAGGUCAAUGGUCAGCGGAAGUACGGAGGUCCACCUCCUGGUUGGAAUGGACCAGCACCAGGGUCCGGCUGUGAGGUCUACAUCAGCCGGAUCCCGCGGGAUGUGUACGAGGACCGGCUCAUCCCCCUCUUCCAGGCGGUGGCCCCCCUCUAUGAGUUUCGCCUAAUGAUGAACUUCAGCGGGCAGAACAGGGGCUUCGCCUACGCAAAGUACGGCGACCCCCAGAGCGCCGGCGCGGCCGUAUGCUCCCUGCACGGCCACGAGCUGCAGGAGGGCGUGCACCUGGUGGUGCGCCACAGCACCGAGAAACGGCAGCUGUGCCUGGAGGAGCUGCCCACCGGCAUGAAGCGGGAGCAGUUGCUCCAGGUGCUGCGUGCUCUUUCUGAGGGAGUGGAGUCAGUCACCCUGAAGGCCACCAGGGAUGAGAAGAGCAUUGCUGCGGUGGUUCUCUACGCCUCUCACUAUGCCGCCUCCAUGGCCAAGAAGGUGCUGUGCGAAGAAUUCAAGAGGAGGUUUGGAAUCGCCAUCGGCGUGAAGUGGCUCACGUUCGCAGGGAAGCCCAAGAAGGAGAGCGAGGGUAUGGGGAAAGCUCUGGUAUCUCCUCCACCAGGUUUUGCCAAGAAGGCUCCCAAGCCUUGCCCUCUACCCCAUAGUCACAGAGUGGAUGGCGAGUUGCUGCCCGUGAGAUCCUUGCCCUUCUCCGCUGUUGGCCACCCCUUACCUCCGAAGCAAGCAGCCCCUCCAGGUAGAGAGAUACCAGGGCUGGAUGCUGUGUCCUUGCUCCAGGGUGUGUGCGAUCUCUUCAACUUGGGCCCACCCAGGUACGACGUUCGGUAUAGCCACGCGGAGCCGGGGGGCUUCCUCUGCUUCGUGUACCAAGUGGUGGUCCCGGGUGCUGCGCUUCCCAUCACCGGCACAGCUCACAUCCUGCCGGGCAGCAGCCCUGGUGCCAUGCGAGAAGAGGUGUGCUGCAUUGCUGCGGAACAUGUUCUAACAUCACUCAAAGCCUGAGUGGCCCUGAUUUUACUCUUUUAAUCUUAUUUAUGGAAGUUCUGAUUUCUUUAACUUUGUUUAAAUUUAAUAUUUUGCUUUUUCUACUUUUGGUUUGACUUAAUGCACUGUAAAAUAUGAACAAUUGAAAGUAGAGGAAUGGUGUUUGAUUUGAGUAUUUGGAUGUUUUUGUAAAUAGUUUGGGUUUUUGCUUUUAAUGUUUUUGUUUGUUUGCACUUAGUGGAGGAAUGUGUGUACACUAAGAUCAAUGGUUCCUUUUUUACUUUGCUUAUUAAAAGUUGAAACCAAA